GGUCCGGGAACAAGGCGUGCCGGGGCGCUGGUGAGGUGAAGCGCGCGUGAGGACUCUAGUUCGCCCCCCAGAGCUCUUGCUGAGAUGAUGGCCACCGGUCCCUGGGAGGCGACGGCCUGAACGUCUGCGCUGAGUCCCCGUCCUGGCCUCAGUCCCCAUGCCUGUGACCGUGGGCCCAUAUGGGCAGUCGCAGCCCAGCUGCUUUGACAGAAUAAAGAUGGGUUUCAUGAUGGGCUUUGCAGUGGGGAUGGCUGCAGGAGCACUGUUCGGCACAUUUUCCUGCCUCAGGAUUGGCAUGAGAGGACGAGAGCUGAUGGGUGGAGUUGGCAAAACGAUGAUGCAAAGCGGUGGGACGUUUGGGACGUUCAUGGCCAUUGGUAUGGGAAUACGCUGCUAAUCUGGAGUUUGGGAAUUAUCCCAGAGUGUCCCCACCCAGCCAUUCCUCCACUGUACAAUAAUAAAAUCUUUAGAUACCUGGAA